GCCAUCAAGAGCGACGAAAAUAGAUGUCGGCGGUGUAUGCCCAGUGUCUCUUUACUAACAGUAAACGAGACGUUAGGCUGUUAAUAUUGAGUGAGUUAGUUCCAUCACAUUGCUUAAAGGCAGAAGCAAGGAAGGAGAGGCUGCCAUUUACUUCAGCAUCAGGAUGGAUAUGAAACAGAACAUGUGUGACAUUAAUACCAUGGAGAUAAUGACUGUAACGAUUAAGGAGGAGCACUGUGAAUGGGAGUCUGUCCACUCCGAACAGGAGAGUCUCAGCGUUACGGAUGAGGAUUAUGAACAGGUGACUGUGGGCAUUAAAGAGGAGGCCGAGGAGAUGUCAGUCACCACUGAGAUAAAGACUGAGGAACCUUCUCCUGUUAGAACUCUGAAAGAUCAGCCAUCACCUUCAAAGCAGUCUGGAGAAACAUUCCUAUCUGGAUCAGAGAUUUUGAAGCCAGCCACUUUACACAGGGGUUCUCUACCUGCUUUGGAUCUAACCAGAACAAAUAAAAGGAGCGUUCAACAACAGAUGGACGAUAAAAACGUAUCUGCUUUGUCUGUGUUACAAAAGGGGAAGAAAAAAUGUAAACCUAAUGAUAAGCAGGAGAGUCGUCCAAGAAAGAAGCCACAUUGCUGCACUGAAUGUGGUAAACGCUUCUGCUGCAGUAGCCUGCUUGAGAAUCACAAAAGAGUUCACACUGGAGAGAAGCCAUAUUGCUGUUCGGAAUGCGGCAAGCAAUUCUCACAAAUGAGCCAUCUUCGGACACACAAAAGAAUUCACACUGGAGAGAAGCCAUAUUGUUGUUCAGAAUGUGGCAAACGAUUCUUACAAAUGAGCUAUCUUCGCAGCCAUGCAAGAACUCACACUGGAGAGAAGCCAUAUUGUUGUACUGAAUGUGGCCAGCAAUUUGGUCAUAGUAGCAGUCUUCAAACACACUCAAGAAUUCAUACUGGAGAGAAGCCGUAUUCCUGUCCUGAAUGUGGCAAGAAAUUCUCACAAAUAGGCAAUCUUCAGGCCCACCAAACAAUCCACACUGGUGAGAAGCCAUAUUGUUGUUCUGAAUGUGGAAAAGAAUUCUCAAGAAAAGUGAAUCUUAAGAAACACAGAAGAAUUCACACUGGAGAAAGACCAUAUUGCUGUUCUGAAUGUGACAAACGAUUCUACAGUAGCAGCAGCCUUCGGAGACACACAAGGAUUCAUAGUGGAGAGAGGCCAUUUUCCUGUGCAGAAUGUGGAAAACGAUUCUCUAGAAGCAGUCAUCUUCAACAACACACUAGAAUUCAUACUAGGGAGAUGCAAAAAUAGAAAAAGAAAACCAUUCAAGAGAUAGGUGCCAAUUCUGCCAAACAGAGAUGGAAAUAGUUUCUCGUCUGGUUUAAACAAGCAGAGGUCAACAAAACUGAAAAUAUGCAAAAAUAUGUGAUAGCACCAGAGAUGUAUUUGCACCACACUCCAGCCUGGCAAACAGAAAAUGAAGAGGUGUUAGUCACAUGGGACAUACUAAUACCAACUGACAGAAAAAUAGAUGCUCAGAAUCUAGACAUGGUCAUUAAAGAAAGACAAUCCUUUAAAGCCUGGAUCAUUCGGUCUGAAGUGACAGAUCAGUGCUUUGAAAAGAAAGGCAUAAAAUAACCAGUUACCAAAAAAUGCAAUCUGAGAUGAGCCAGAUGCAGAAUAAAACAACUACCAAUGGUCUUGGGGUAGCAACAGGCCUUAAAUAUAGAUUCAGGCACAUCUGAAUGCCUUCCCAAUUUCUAUCACUCCAUAUGAACCAAAGAAGGAGGCACUAUGAGAGACAAUACAAGUGCCAUGCUGAGCCCUGGCAGCAAAUCCAAGAGAACAACAGCAGCAAAAAUCACUUCAGGACUCAAGAGCGAGGGUCACGCCUGUCCUGAAAAUAAGCAAACCAAGCUGAGUGUUGAGAAAUGAACCUAGAGAGAAGUCAUGAUCAGAGGACUAGCAGAAAGAAACUUCAAGCUUCAUCUUGACUAAAUUACUGUAACUCUGUAUCGGUGUAUUUGGACUUCUGAGUUGUGCAAAAAAAAAAA